CGUGGGUAACACAUGUAACAUGGCAGAAAAGAUGGAAAGUGAAGCGAUUGUGAACUACACCGCAAGAGCCGAAAAGGCUGAAGCUGAGAUCCAGGCCUUGGAAGCUGAAAUAAGGCAAAUCCAGGAUCCCUCCUGCAUCAGUGAAGAUGACAUCACCCCCGAGUUGGCCAAGCUCCAAACUGAAAACGGAAAGUUGAAGUACAGGAUAAUGCAUCUGAAAAGGAGCAUCACUGAAGAAGAAGCUAAGGCUGGUAGUCACAUGGCCAACAUUCUUGGGGUCGUUUCGAACAUCUUUGAGUUCGCUAUCAAGUCAGCAUUUCCCAAUAUGCCAGAUCCACCUCUAAACGUCACCGUCAGCACGAAAAUUGAGUUUGGUGACUAUCAGUGUAAUAGCGCAAUGGCUAUUUCUGGUCUGUUGAAAGCCAGUGGUCAGAAAGUAAACCCGAGAGAAAUUGCCCAGAAUAUCAUCAACUGCGUACCGGAGAAUUCAUUCUUUAGUAAGAUUGAGAUUGCUGGGCCAGGUUUCAUCAACGUUCAUCUGAAUAAGGUCUUUAUUGCCGAACAAGUUACGGAGCUCCUGAAAGAGGGCGUCAAGCCUCCUCUCUUGGACGGAAAGAAGCGUGUCGUUGUGGAUUUUUCCUCUCCGAACAUAGCAAAGGAAAUGCACGUUGGUCAUCUCAGGUCGACGAUCAUUGGUGAGAGCAUCUCACGUCUGUGUACAUUCGUUGGCCAUGAUGUCCUCCGUAUCAAUCAUGUUGGAGACUGGGGCACCCAGUUUGGAAUGCUGAUAACGCAUCUUAAAGACAAGUUUCCCAACUUUAAAACGGUGUCACCACCAAUUGGUGACCUACAGGCUUUCUACAAGGAAUCAAAAGUACUGUUUGAUGCAGAUGAAGAUUUCAAGAAGCGUGCAUAUCAGGCUGUUGUGAAACUUCAGGCCCAUGACCCCGAGUACCAUCUGGCCUGGCAACUGAUCUGUGAUGUUUCUCGCAAGGAAUUCCAGAAGAUCUAUGACCGGUUGGGAGUGACCUUAGUGGAAAGGGGGGAAUCUUUCUAUCAGGAUUUGAUGGUGGACCUCAUCAAGGAUCUAGAGGCACAAGGAAAGUUAGUAACAGAAGAAGGUCGAAAAUUGAUGUGGUCUGACAAAUCCACAAUUCCGUUAACUAUGGUGAAAACUGAUGGUGGGUAUACAUACGACACGUCAGACAUGGCCGCCUUGAAGCAACGCCUAGUGGAUGAGAGGGGAGAUUGGUUGAUAUACGUUGUAGACCAAGGACAGGCAAUGCACUUCCAAGCAAUAUUUGGGGCUGCUGAGAAACUGCCCUGGUUAGAUCCCAAGAAACAUCGAGUAGAGCACGUCGGGUUCGGUGUGGUGCUAGGAGAAGAUAGGAAAAAGUUCAAAACACGGUCUGGUGACACAGUGCGUCUUGUAGAUCUGUUGGAUGAAGGUCUGGCAAAGGCAAGGGCAAGUCUCGAGCAAAAAGAACGUCACAAGGUGUUGAAUAAAGAAGAACUAAAGGCUGCUGAGAAUGCAAUUGCCUAUGGCUGCAUCAAGUAUGCUGAUCUCUCCCACAAACGUAAUCUCGAUUAUGUCUUCUCCUUUGAUAAGAUGUUGGAUGAUAAAGGCAAUACAGCUGUUUACCUCCUCUAUGCUUGCACCAGGAUUAGGUCUAUAAUUCGAAAUGCCGGCCAGACAUCCGAGGGUCUCAGGCAAGCUGCAGCUACUACCCCACUGGCACUGGAACAUCCGACAGAAUGGAGACUGGCCAUAACAAUCCUCAAAUUCACAGAAAUCAUCUGCAGAAUCCUGGAUGAUUUGUUUCUCCACACGCUUUGCGAGUACCUGUAUGAGUUGUCCCAGGUGUUCACUGAUUUCUAUGAUGUUUGCUAUUGUGUCGAGAAGGACCGGAAAACUGGUGAGGUUAUAAAGGUACACAUGAGUCGUCUUCUGCUGUGUGAAGCCACAUCAAGCAUCAUGACGGCCGGAUUUAAUAUCCUAGGAAUCACCCCAGUGGAGAAGAUGUAGCUUGUGCCAUUCUAACUAUGCCUUUGCACUUUCCUGGACUGGUUCUGUCUGAAUUAAGAAUGGGACAAAGGAAGGAGGGGCUGGGGGGUUAGUGGUGUGAGUUUUAUUAACUGCAAACAUGUUCCUGUUUGCCGGAUGUGUAAUGGAGAGUAUCAAUGAAUAAUAAAUAUAAUUAUAUGA